AUGCUCGGGUCUCAUAAUGAUAUCAACGUUCUCCAUAGUUCUCCUUUAUUUGAUAACUUGGCGGAAGGUAGAGCUCCUGAAGUGAAAUAUUCUGUUAACGGCCACGAGUACACAAUGGGCUACUAUCUUGCAGAUGGUAUAUACCCCGAUUGGGCUACUUUGGUCAAGACAAUCAGACAUCCUAUGGGUAGCAAGAGGCAAUAUUUUGCUAAAGCGCAAGAAGCUGCACGGAAGAUGGUGGAGAGAGCUUUUGGUGUUCUACAGUCUAGGUUAGCCAUUGUUCGAGGACCGGCUCGUUUAUGGGACGUAGAGACAUUGUCAUUGAUCAUGACAGCCUGUGUGAUCAUGCACAACAUGAUUGUCGAAGACGAAGGAUUUGUGGUGGACCCAAACGAGCGUUUCGAUUACGGUGGAGAUAAUGUCCAACCUGAUCAUGGCCACGCUCAUCGAACACUUGAGGAGUUCAUUGAGGCGCACAAAAAAAUCCGAGAUAAGAACACACAUGAGCAGUUGAAAGGAGACCUAAUCGAACACCUUUGGAACCAUCAUCCAGAUUUAUAUUAGAUACCUUUUUCAAUUUUAGUUGCUUCUGUUCUAGUUCUUCAUCGCAUGAAACUUUAGUUGCUACUGUUUUAUUUUUUACUCAAGUACAAUGCACCAGGAAGAUUU